AUGAGAAAUUGUGGUCUGGCAUCACCCCGUUUUACCACUUUCACUGUCUGCGUAGGCCUACCACACCUGAAAAUACCCAAUCACACAAAUAAUUACCAAGAAAAAUGCACAGAAGACAAAAUGAUGAUUGUUAAUCAAAAGUCAUCAAAACCCAACUCUCUGCAUCCCCGACACACCAUCCAUCCCCGACACACCAUCCAUCCCCCAGUGAUUGGGUUCAAUCAAGUUCAAUCCUACUCACUACCCAGUCUUUCCCAACUUAAAACUCCGUUUGCGAGCACGAGCUCACGCGCCACAAGAAGAGUUAACUUAGAGCGUUCCCUCGAUACUUGGCCCAUACCAAAAACUGCGUGA